AUGUCCAUCCACGCUACGCUUGGAGCGACUCUGUAUCGGGCGGCUGUCGCGCGUAUCGUCGAGGACUGUUACAUAGGGGCUGGAGCCGUCAACAUGGCAAGGGAAUCGUGGAAUGGUGGAAGACGAGUUGGGGUGGUACAGAGACGGCACGUGUUUGGGUGGUCUGAGGGUGUGUAUCAGACUGUCAGGCACCGCCUCGUGGUGGGCGGAACUGCGGGGAUCAUGCGAAACCAGGUUUCUAAAGUCGGACACGAGGAUCGUUUGGGAAUCGCUCGCUUUUUGGUGGUGGUGUUUCGUCUUGAGUCGAAAGGCCCAGAUUGGUCGAAGACGACUAGUCGGAAGCACUGA